AUGAUUGAAAUGAAACACAAUGUAACUGUCUUUUCAGAACUUAUUUUUAUUGGGUUUUCACUUUCACGUGAAAUCAGGUUUUGCCUAUUUAUUCUUAUAGCUAUUGUUUACACUGCCACAAUUACAUCCAAUUUUGUGAUUAUUCUCAUUGUUACCAAGGAACGAAGCCUUCACAAGCCGAUGUACUUCUUUAUCGGUGGACUUUCCUUCUUAGAACUCUGGUAUCCUACAGUGACAGUUCCAACGCUGUUGUUGGUUCUUUUUGUUCCCCAAAAAACAAUUUCUUUAACAGGCUGUUUAUGUCAGUAUUAUUUCCAUUUUUCAUUAGGAGCCACAGAGAAUUUCCUCCUGGCAAUCAUGGCUUUUGAUCGCUAUGUGGCCAUCUGCAAUCCACUGAGAUACACAGUCAUCAUGAGUCCCAAAUUUUGUGUAAAUUUAUUAUUGUCGUCCUGGAUUUUUAGUUUAAUGAUAAUUGUUAUCCCAUGUUUACAGAUCUCAAACCUUGUGUUCUGUGUUAAUGAGAUUGAUCACUAUUACUGUGACUUUGCCCCAUUGCUGAAGUUAUCCUGUGUGGAUGUAUCAACUGUAGAAAAUUUAUUUUUUGCUAUGUGUUGUUUCGUAAUUUUGGGUUGUUUUUUGCCAAUUAUUGUAUCAUAUGUAUUUAUUAUUGUAACCAUUAUAAGGUUUCCAACUGCGUCUGGGAGACGAAGAGCAUUUUCCACUUGUGCAUCUCAUAUUAUUGUUGUUCUUAUCUUUUACACAACCAAUAUCUUCAUGUUUAUAAGACCAUCUGCAGGUGACUCUUUGCACGUAAAUAAAAUAGUCUCUAUCUUCCCAACUGUAGUAACUCCUCUUCUAAAUCCAAUCAUCUACACACUACGAAACCAAGAGUUUAAAGGGGCGGCAAAAAAAACAUUUCAGAAGUUGACGAUGUGGGGAUUAGGGAGUGCAAGCAUUGGUGUUUAA